AUGGCUUCUGCACCUGCAACCCCGAAAGCCGCCUCGGCUACACCUACGGGAGCAUGGCGGCAUCCCCGGCUUGACGAGAUCAACAAGCGCAUCGGCGCAAAGACGUUCAACGAACAGAACGUACACGCCAUUGUGUGGAAUGCUCUCGCCUUCAUCUCGACCUUUGUCGUUCCACACAUCUUGUAUCGCUUCAUACCGUUCAUAUUCAACCUUUUCCCUGCGUCCAGCACCAAGCUUGGCUACUUGUAUUGGGCGGUCAGAGCUGUGUUUCUAGGCAAUGCUAUCUAUGCGUUGAAGCCGCUCUACACAAAGGCCGACGACCUCUCCGACAUACCGCUCACUCCGUCCCAGCGCGCCCUGCUCGGACUUCCUCCUUCGAACGCACCUUUGACGCCGGGCUCGCAAUACAUAACUCCACCACGAUACGCUAGAUCGACACCUCGAAGCGCGUCUAGCCUUGGGAGCAGCGUCAGGGCUCAGCCUGGCACUGCGCGGUCGGCGAACUCGUCGCCCCUCGCAGGCCGUGGGCAAGAGAGCAACUCUUUCUCUCCAUCGCCGCUCAAGCGGGAUUCCAGUCCUUUGUUGAAGCGUCGGACUGGCGAGGACGCAACCCGAAGACUGAGCUACGGAUCACAAAGCCCACUGGCGGUUAGUCACUUUAUGGACUCGACCACGAGCUUUGGCGGGAGCACUCCACCCACGCCGACACCAGCGUCGGCCAGUAAGCCCGCGAGCGUGGGCCUGAACAACAAGUGGCUGUACGAAAGGGGCAGAGGCAGUCCGUCACAACGAUCUGUAUUUACGUAG